AAGCCCCGUCUCGAAUGGGACCGUAAAGGCGGAAAAUUUUCUCUGUUUCUUCGUUUGUUUCGCUUCAAAUUUCAAAACCCUCUUCCCAUUUGCAGCCGAAAACCCUAAAAUGAUGAUCGGCGCUCUCCGGAGAAGCUCUGGGUUUUCUGGGCUGUUGCAUUUUCGCCAUUUUUCCCAGCUUAAUGGUUCUAAGACUUUCGAAGCCACUGCGAUCCUGAGGAAGCAAUCACAAUCACAACCCAUUCGGCCGUACUUUCGUUUUCCGGAUUCUUUCAGGAAAACGAAGGAUUUUGGUGUUUCUCCCUCGUUGCUGUCCUCGUCUCUCUCGUUGUUUUCUUCGAUUCUGAAGGUCGAGUUUCUUGAAUGGUAUUUGGCGAUGGUGAAAUGCCGGCCUGUUCUUACGAAGAGUGUCACUUCUGCGCUUAUUUACACGGCUGCUGAUUUGUCGUCUCAGACCAUCGCACUUUCGUCUUCAGAGCCGUAUGAUCUUAUUCGAACACUACGAAUGGCUGGAUAUGGCAUGCUGAUCCUUGGGCCAUCCCUCCACUACUGGUUCAACUUCAUGUCAAAACUUUUCCCCAAGAAAGACCUCUUCUCCACCUUGAAGAAAAUGGCCAUGGGCCAGUCCCUCUAUGGCCCUUCCAUGACAGUUGUUUUCUUCUCCUUGAACGCAUUUCUCCAAGGUGAAAAUGGUGCUGAAAUUACUGCCCGAUUGAAAAGAGACUUGCUUCCUACGCUGCUCAAUGGCGUUAUGUACUGGCCAGUUUGCGAUUUCAUCACGUUUAGAUUCGUCCCUGUUCAUCUUCAAGCAUUGGUGAGCAAUUCAUUUUCGUAUGUGUGGACUGUUUAUAUGACAUACAUGGCGAGCCUUGAGAAAGCUGCCUCAUGAUCAUCCCAAUAGGCCCAUAAUUUAUGGUUCAGAGUUGAAAAUUUUGGAUGACAGUCCCUUUUGGAGGCUGCAUCAUCCCACGUUGGCCCAUCAUAGGGCGAUUGACUGAUUGUUGAAGUAGAAAUUGGCAGCAGCUUAUAAGCAGAAGAGGGAGAAAGAGGAGAGAGAGAUGAUUCUUUGAACAGUCGAUAUAAUUGUACACAUUUUUAUGAGAAAAAAGUCUAUUAGUGAAGAACCUUUCUGGGAUUCUGUUUUAACAUUUGCUUUGUGUAUAUAUUUCGGUUUUAUUUUUGUUUCUACUUGGUGAUUUGGAAUCACGUAUUUCCAAUGGUUGUAAUGGGUUACCGAUAGCUGCAACUCUGAUUUAAUUUCCAAAUGAGUGUAAUGGGUUAUUUCUUUCACAUUC